AUGGAUGCUCGCCAGGUGUUAGAAAGCACCUUGUCGCCUGAUGCGGCGGCACGUUCCAACGCUGAGCAGCAGCUCGCUCACGCCGCGGAGGUCGACUUCGCUGCCUACCUUGUCACCCUGGGUCAGGAACUCGCCAACGAUAGCACCCCUUCCCACAUCCGUGUUUCUGCCGGUAUCGCCCUGAAGAACGCUUUCACCUACAGAGAUGCAGCCAAGCUGCGAGAGGUGCAGCAGCGAUGGAUCCAACAAAUCCCCACCGAGACCAAGGCACAGGUUAAGGAGCUCGCAAUUAAGACAUUGGCAUCUGACACUCGAGUCGGAAACGCCGCCGCCCAGUUGAUCGUUUCUAUUGCUGCUAUCGAGUUGCCCCGCAAUGAGUGGCCCGACCUUAUGAAUAUCCUCGUCCAGAACGUCGCAAGCGGAUCGGACAACCUGAAGCAGUCCUCCCUGGCCACUAUUGGUUUCAUUUGCGAGUCUCAAGAUCCUGAUCUUCGCCAGAGCCUGACCGCGCACUCUAAUGCUAUUCUGACCGCCGUUGUCCAGGGUGCUCGGCGCGAGGAGCCGAACAUGGACGUUCGUUAUGCUGCUAUUGCCGCUCUUAGUGACGCGGUUGAUUUCGUGCGCUCUAACAUGGACAACGAGGGUGAGCGGAACUACAUCAUGCAGGUUGUCUGCGAGGCCACUCAGGCCGAGGAGGUCCGUGUGCAGGCUGCUGCAUUCGGCUGCUUGAACCGCAUUAUGGGCGCAUACUACGAGAAGAUGCGCUUCUACAUGGAGAAGGCUCUGUUUGGCCUUAGCAUCAUGGGUAUGAAGAGUGAGGAGGAAGAGGUCUCUAAGCUCGCCAUUGAGUUCUGGUGCACUGUGUGUGAGGAGGAGCUGUCCAUUGAGGACGAUAAUGCUGAGGCUCAGCAGGAAGGUACCGAGACCCGUCCGUUCUUUGGCUUCGCUCGUGUGGCUACCCGCGAGGUUGUCCCUGUUUUGUUGCAGACUAUGUGCCGCCAGGAUGAGGACGCCACUGAUGAUGAAUACAAUGUUUCGCGUGCUGCUUACCAGGCUCUGCAGCUGUACGCCCAGUGCAUUCAGGGCGAGAUUAUCCAGCCCGUUGUCGCUUUCGUUGAGGAGAACAUCCGCAACGAAGACUGGCACCGCCGCGAUGCUGCUGUGGCUGCAUUUGGUGGUAUUAUGGACGGCCCUGAGCCCGCUGUGCUGGAGCCUUUGAUCAAGCAGGCUCUUCCUGUUCUUCUGGGCAUGAUGGAGGACAGCUCCGUCGUAGUCCGCGAUUCUACUGCCUAUGCUCUGGGCCGCGUCUGCGAGUGCUGCCCUGAGGUUCUGGAUCCUGAUGUUCACCUGCAGCCAUUGAUUUCUUGCCUCUUCAAUGGCCUUGCCAGUAGCCCUAAGAUUGCCAGCUCCUGCUGCUGGGCUCUCAUGAACGUCGCCGAUCGCUUUGCUGGUGAUGGCGGUUCCCAGACCAACCCUCUUUCCAAGCACUUUGAGGACAGCAUCAAGUCUCUAUUGACUGUGACUGAGCGCCAGGAUGCCGAUAACCAGCUCCGUACUGCUGGUUACGAAGUUUUGAACUCGUUCGUCAUGAACUCUGCCCACGACAGCCUUCCUAUGGUUGCUACCCUUUCGGAUGUUAUCCUCCAGCGUCUCGAGCAGACCAUUCCCAUGCAGCAGCAGGUUGUCAGCCCCGAGGACCGUAUGCUCUUGGAGGAGAUGCAGACUAGCUUGAUCAGUGUUAUCUUGGCCAUUGUUCAACGCUUCGAGGUUGACAUCAAGCCCCAGGCUGACCGUAUCAUGGGGGUGUUGCUUCAGGUUCUGUCGACUGUUGGUCCCAAGUCCAGUGUGCCCGAUGUUGUCUUCGCCACUGUGGGUUCCAUGGCCAGCGCUCUGGAGGACGACUUCAUCAAGUACAUGGAGUCCUUCUCUCCCUUCUUGUACAAUGCUCUGAGCAACCAGGAAGAGCCUGGUCUGUGCGCUAUGGCCAUUGGCCUUGUCAGUGACAUUGCGCGUGCCUUGAACGAGAAGGUCCAGCCUUACUGCGACACCUUCAUGAACCUCCUGCUUAACAUCCUCCGCACCUCCACCAACCAGCUUAAGCCGGCUAUCUUGGAGACUUUCGGUGACAUUGCUCAGGCCAUCGGCACUGCCUUUGACACCUACCUGAGCGUUGUUGCUGGUGUUCUUCAGCAGGCCUCUUCGGUCACCACUAGCUCUGACCUCCCAUACGAUAUGGUGGAGUACAUUGUCUCCCUGCGCGAGGGUAUCAUGGAUGCCUGGGGCGGUAUCCUUCUCUCCUACAAGGGCAGCCCUCAGAUCGUCCAGCUCCAGCAAUACGUCGAUUCUAUCUUUGAGUUGCUCCACAAUAUCUCCAAGGAGGGUGACCGCAGCGAGGGCUUGAUGCGCUCCUCUAUGGGUGUCCUUGGUGACCUUGCUGAUGCAUUCCCCAACGGCGAGCUCGCUGCCUACUACCGGAACGACUGGGUUACCACCCUUGUUCGCGAGACCCGUGCUACCCGUCAAUACAGCCCGCGUACCAUUGAAACCGCUCGCUGGACCCGUGAGCAGGUCAAGCGCCAAAUUAACCUGGGCACCGGUAUGGCUUAA